AUGGGCGCCACGACCAUCCUGGUGGCCUUCCUCAGCCCCGAGCCCUCGCGAACUGCGCUCACUUUUCUUGCCCUUGGAGCAGCUUUCCACCAAUUCAUCCGCGUGGGCGAGAUUGACAAUCGGCUCAGGCUUCUGGCAGCUUUUUACUUGGGAGGGUUCCUGGCGUUGUGCACUGGCUACGUCCACCUCUUCUCGUUCAGCUGGCCCCGGGCACUUGCAGGUGCGAUUCUGGCCUCGCUAUUCUUCAAUUGUGGACUCACAGCCAGCAUCGUGCUCUAUCGAUCCUUCUUCCACCGUCUUCGUCGCGUUCCGGGACCAUGGACGGCCAAGGUGACCCGGCUCUUCGCGGUGACUCAGGCCACAGAGCGGACGCAGUACCAUCUCGACCUGGAGACAAUGCAUCGCAAGUACGGGGACUUUGUGCGCACAGGGCCGAGAGAAAUAUCCAUAAAUCGACCAUCGGCAGUUAAUCUCAUGGCCGGGCCUCAGUCGCCCUGCACGAAGCCGACCUGGUACAGCCAUGUCUCCGAUGAUAAUACCCAGAUCUCGCUCAACUCAACCCGCGACCCGGACGUCCAUCGUCGGCGCCGGAGAGCAUGGGACCGGGGGUUCAGCAUGAAAGCAUUGCCCGUAUACAAGCCCCGUCUUCAGCACAAAGUGGACGUCCUUAUUUCGCAGAUCCGAUCCCGUAUCGCAGAACCCUUGAAUAUCUCCCAGUGGACGAUGUACCUGGCGUUUGACGUUAUGGGCCUGGUGGGGUUCUCCAAGGAUUUCCAGCAGCUCGAGGAGGGCACUGAACACGCGGCGAUCAAGGAGCUACACGGACAGAUGCUGAUUCUGGGGAUCUUGAAGCCAGUGCCCUGGGUCUUGACGAUACUCGGUGCCAUUCAGGGGCUUGUUGGGAACUACGGGCAGUUCAUGACCUACUGUGCCGACCGUAUAGCAGAGAAGAAAGCUGAAUGGAAAGCUUCAGAAAGCAAAGUCCCCAAGGACGUCAUUUCCUGGCUGCUCAAGGCCAUCGACGAGAAGGACCAGUCAGCUCGUCCUGGGGAGCAGUCGCUUAAUGAGGACGGUCGACUCAUGAUCGUCACAGGGAGUGACACCACCGGCGUGGCUUUGGCCAACUCGUUCUACUAUUUGGCCAAACAUCCGGCAGUGUAUAGGAAACUGCAGUCAGAGCUCGACGCGACUUUCUCAAAGGGCGCUCCAGCGUCUGAGUUCAGUAAUGAAGCUCUCCGCCGUCUGCCAUACUUGGAGGCUAUCAUCAACGAAACACUUCGCCUGAAGCCUGCCGUCCCCAGUGGACAGCCCAGAGAGACUCCUCCUCAAGGGCUCCAAGUCGACGAGAUGUGGAUUCCAGGGAAUACAAUUGUCGUUGUGCCCCAGUACGUGAUCCAGCGCGAUGAUCGCUACUUUCCAUCUGGGGCAGACUUCAUCCCUGAACGAUGGCUCGACGCGAAGGACAAACUGAUCACGCAUGAAGAAGCCUUCUUCCCCUUUCAGAUAGGUCGUUACGCUUGUGUAGGGAAGCAGCUGGCUCUUAUGGAGAUGCGGCUUGUGAUAGCACGAAUUGCGUCUCAGUUCGAUCUCUCAUUUGCGCCUGGCGAGACUGGCGAGGCAUUUGAUCGCGAUGCUAAGGACACAUUUACAUUCACUGUUGGGUCGUUGAUGCUGGAGUUCCAACCGCGCGAGUAG